GCCCCGCCCUGGACCUCGGGCUCCCCGCCUCGUGACGCCGUCCUCCCUCUCCGCUCCCGCAGUGGCCGGGAGGGGUCCGCGGGGCGGGGAGGUGAGGAGCGGGGAGCCCCCGGGUGGAGGGGGGAGCCAAGCCCCGCGGCUGGGAUACCUGCUCCCGCGUCCCGCCCGGGGCCAUCGGGAUGGCUUGGACAGUACCCCAGAGCCCGUUAUCAGCCCCCAAAGGGAGGGAACGUGGUAAGCACGGGUGAGGACUGGGGUGCGGGAUUGGAGGGGCGGGGACAGACGGCGUUUGAAACGAGAGCUUUUUCCAGAAACUAUCCAGAACCCAGCUCGGUUUCUGAUUUCUCAGAGAAGAUACCCCAGCAAUUACUUUCCUUGCCGACUUUGCUCUUCCUCUCCCGGCGCGGAGAUCACGUACCGUGUGCUCCGAGGGCGGCCACACACCCCAACGCCCAACCUCGGUGCCACUCUCCCGCGGAGGAGAACGGCCCCAGCCCCCGCUUUCUGGGGCACCGGUCCUAAGAGGGCGCCUACAGGUAGAGCGCCCGGACCCCAUCCUGACUCUUGCUGUAGAGUGAGGUGAAAGUCUGGGGAGAAUCGCCUUGCCACCGGCAAGAACAGAGUUGCUCGUUGCCUUCGUCUGCAUCCUCCUUUUCAUAAAGUCUUGGUUGCCCCCGUGCACCCCCAAGCUGGCUGCAGCACCGGCCUUUGGAGCUUUAAGAACCCCUGAAGACUCCGCAGGGCAAAUUGCCCUGUGCUCUGCUCGGGUCCAUGCCUAGACAAUGGGUUCCGCUUGGCCGGGAUUGUUUUAAACUGCUCCCAGCAAUUCACGCGACAUCUGACACCGGCAGUCCAGCCCGCGCAGAGCUGAAACAGAUUAUGUCUACUUUGAGAAUUCUUCCAGCAACCCGUACCUAAUCAGGAGGAUAGAAGAACUCAACAAGACUGCAACUGGCAACGUGGAAGCAAAAGUAGUAUGCUUCUAUAGACGACGAGAUAUUUCCAACACGCUUAUAAUGCUUGCAGAUAAGCAUGCUAAAGAAAUUGAGGAAGAAUCUGAAACAACCAUUGAGGCUGACUUGACUGAUAAACAGAAACAUCAGUUGAAACAUAGGGAACUCUUUUUGUCUCGCCAAUAUGAAUCUCUGCCUGCAACACAUAUCAGGGGGAAAUGCAGUGUUGCCCUUCUGAAUGAGACAGAGUCAGUAUUGUCAUAUCUCGAUAAAGAGGAUACCUUUUUCUACUCAUUGGUCUAUGACCCCUCUGUGAAAACACUAUUAGCUGACAAAGGUGAGAUCAGAGUGGGACCUAGAUAUCAAGCAGACAUUCCAGAAAUGCUCUCAGAAGGAGAAUCAGAUGAGAGGGAACAGUCAAAAUUGGAAGUUAAAGUUUGGGACCCAAAUAGCCCACUUACAGAUCGACAGAUUGACCAGUUUUUAGUUGUAGCACGUGCUGUUGGGACAUUCGCUCGAGCCCUUGAUUGCAGCAGUUCUGUACGGCAGCCUAGUUUGCAUAUGAGCGCAGCUGCAGCUUCCCGAGACAUCACCCUGUUUCAUGCUAUGGAUACAUUAUAUAGACACAGCUAUGACUUGAGCAGUGCAAUAAGUGUCUUAGUGCCACUUGGAGGACCUGUUUUAUGCAGAGAUGAAAUGGAAGAAUGGUCAGCCUCUGAAGCUACUUUAUUUGAAGAGGCACUGGAAAAAUAUGGCAAAGACUUCAAUGAUAUACGUCAAGACUUUCUCCCUUGGAAAUCAUUGACUAGCAUCAUUGAAUAUUAUUACAUGUGGAAAACUACUGACAGAUACGUGCAGCAGAAACGUCUAAAAGCAGCAGAAGCAGAGAGUAAACUGAAACAAGUGUAUAUCCCAACUUACAGCAAACCGAAUCCCAACCAAAUAUCCACCAGCAAUGGCAAACCUGGUACUGUGAAUGGGGCCGUGGGAACCACAUUCCAGCCGCAGAAUCCCCUCUUAGGGCGAGCCUGUGAGAGCUGCUACGCUACACAGUCUCAUCAGUGGUAUUCUUGGGGUCCACCUAAUAUGCAGUGUAGAUUAUGUGCAACCUGUUGGCUCUAUUGGAAAAAAUAUGGCGGCCUGAAAAUGCCCACUCAGUCAGAAGAAGAGAAGUUAUCUCCCAGCCCACCUACAGAGGACCCCCGUGUCAGAAGCCACAUGUCUCGCCAAGCCAUGCAGGGGAUGCCCGUCCGCAACACUGGGAGCCCAAAGUCUGCAGUGAAGACCCGCCAAGCUUUCUUCCUUCACACUACAUAUUUCACAAAAUUUGCUCGUCAGGUCUGCAAAAAUACCCUCCGGCUGCGGCAGGCAGCGAGACGGCCGUUUGUUCCUAUUAAUUAUGCUGCCAUUAGGGCAGAAUAUGCAGACAGACAUGCUGAACUCUCUGGAAGUCCCCAGAAAAGCAAGAGCACCAGGAAACCUUUGGCAUGUAUCAUUGGGUAUUUAGAGAUCCAUCCUUCGAAGAAACCUAAUGUAAUUCGAUCUACACCAACUCUACAAACUCCCACUACCAAGCGGAUGCUGACCACCCCGAAUCACACGACUCUGAGCAUUUUGGGGAAAAGAAACUACAGUCAUCACAAUGGCCUGGGUGGAGGAAUGAACAGGGCAUAUGAUGAAGCCCGGGUGUUAUGUUGACUGAGACCUUCAGCC